UGGACGAGCACUGCGAGCUGCUCAGCACUCUCUUAGAGCCGCGUUUUGCAUCGGCAUCACUGCCACGGACACUACAGCCGGGCCCAUAUGUAUCACUGGCUGUCAGACUUGUGGGAACGAGACAUAUCCGCGUUUAGUGAGCUCGCCGUAUAUAUACCACAGGUCUGAGCCUCAGGUUCCCAGAGCUGCGCUUCUUUCCACAAGACAUCCCUCAUUCUCCUCGUUGUUCCUCACAUAUUUUUGUGGUCAUGUCGCCGCUCUCAGUUGCUAGCCCUUUCCUCUCCUUGGCCGGGGCAAUCCUCCUCUACGCCCUUUGGAAGGUGGUCCCAAGAUACAUCGACCGGUACAACUCGAGCAUGUGGGACAUGCCAGGGCCCCGAUCCUCGAGCUGGCUGUACGGCAACCUCGGAGACAUGCGCUCCGAAGAACCAGGUGUCAUGUUGGAACGAUGGGCGAAGCGACACGGCCAUGUACUCAAGUACAAAGUCUCCAUGAAUGCCGACGCAUUACUCAUGUUGGAUACGAAAGCUGUCAACCAUGUCCUCACCCACUCGCAUGAUUAUCCAAAACCCGAGAUUGCCAGAUUCAACCUGGGUCUGAUUCUGGGCAAGGGUCUUCUUGUUGUGGAAGGUGAACAGCAUAGGCAGCAGAGGAGAAUCCUGAACCCGGCCUUUGGACCAGUCCAAAUCCGCGCCCUCACGGACAUCUUCGUCGAGAAGGCCCACCAACUACGUAACAUCUGGCACGAGCAGGUCGCCAAAGCCGGGAACGUAACCCAGCUGGACGUCGUCAGCGGUCUCAACAACAUGACCCUCGACGUGAUCGGCCUCGCCGGCUUCAACUACGACCUGCACUCGCUCAACCCGGAGGGCAAGCCGAACGAGCUCCGCCUCGCGUUCGACGUCAUGUUCCGCGCCAUCUCCGGCGCGGGCCUCUCCGUCCUGUCCGUCCUCCGGAACUACGUCCCCAUCUUCCGUAUGAUCCCGACCCAGGUCUCGCACCGGAUGGAUGACGCACAGCGCGUCGCGCGGCGAAUCGGGAUGGCGCUCAUUGCGGAGAAGAAGGCGGCGAUCCUGCGCGCGGCUGCGGAGGCCGGGGGCGAGAAGGAGAUCGGCGGGAAGGGCAUGCACGACCGCGACUUGCUCACGCUGCUGAUCAAGGCGAACAUGAGCACGGACAUCCCGGAAAGUCAGCGGCUGUCGGACGAAGACAUGCUUGCUCAGGUCCCUACCUUCCUCGUCGCUGGACACGAAACGACCUCGACCGCAACCGCGUGGUGCCUCUUCGCGCUCGCGCAGAACCAGAGCGUGCAGACGCAGCUCCGCGAGGAGCUCUGGGGCGUGCCCACGGAGAGCCCGACGAUGGACGAGCUCAAUGCGCUGCCGUACCUCGAGGCGGUCGUCCGCGAGAGCAUGCGCGUGUACGCGCCCGUGUCGGCGACGAUCCGUGUGUCAGCGAGGGAGGACGUCAUACCCCUGGAGAGACCGUACGUGGACCGGAAGGGAAAUGUGUGCGAUAGCGUCCGGAUUCCCAAGAACACGCGGAUUAGCAUCCCGAUUCUCGCGAUGAACAAGUCGAAGGACCUCUGGGGCCCGGACGCCCAGGAGUUCAAGCCGGAGCGGUGGUUGUCCGGCACCAUCCCCGAAGCGGCGCACGCCAUCCCUGGCGUGUGGGGCAACAUGCUCACCUUCCUCGGCGGGCCCCGCGCGUGCAUCGGCUUCCGGUUUUCCCUUGUCGAGAUGAAGGCCCUGCUCUUCACGCUCAUCCGUUCGUUCGAGUUCGAGCUCGCGCUGCCAAAGGAAGAGAUCUCCAAGAUUCCCGGCCUCGUGGAUCGUCCGUUCCUGAAGCAGGAGAAGCAGAAGGGAGCCAGAUUGCCUCUGAAGGUCAAGACCCAUGUGCGGCCCGAGUAUUGAAUGUGAAAGAGGGUUCCGCAGUGGACCAGAGCGGUAUCGUUUGCUCUCAAUAGUUUGAAGACAACAUAUUUACCUUAAUUUAUGUGAUGGGUGUUCGUCCUCGUGUACUCUAGAUGCAGAUAUCACAGAGACUGUUAUAAAGAUAGCAGUAGGCUACCAUUGCCUUGAGGCUGGCACCGAGCUUUAUUAGCGAUGCAUGCGACGACACUGAUACUACAUGGAAAGCAAUACAGAUCCGAGUGAAUCAGCAGUGACAGCAAUACUGGAGACAUCGGUUGGAACUUUGCGAAUACAGCUCUUGGACGGCUGAGAGAGCUGUGGGCGUUGAUUAGACUAGACAA